GGUGUGAAGACACAUCAGAUGAAAUAUGUAAUUUUAAAUGUUCCCCUUGUCUGGUUAAUAAUCGGAAUAGAGAAGCUGUGAAAUAUUGCGUGGAAUGUCAAGGAUAUUAUUGUCAGUCUUGUGCUUAUGUAACUCAUAUGAUUCCUGGUUUAAAAGGUCACACACUUUUGGAUAAUUCAAACUACAAGUCAUCAAGUCUCCAUGCAGGAUUGCCAGCAGUACCUACGGAGAGAUGUAGCAUUCAUGAGACAAAGAUCGUGGACAUGUACUGUGGUAAUCAUGAUGAGGUUGGUUGUACAACUUGCAUGGCUUUAAGCCACAGGUCCUGUGCAGAUGUGCAAUCCAUUCCAGAUAUUGUCGACCGUAAGUUUCAAACGACUGAUUUUGACAAAAUACACCUAAAGUUCCAAGACUUGAAAAUGAUGAUGGAGAAAAUUGUGAACACUAGACAAAGAUUGAUAGAAGACUUAAAGAAGUCUAAGACGGAAGCAGUAAUGGCGAUAAAGGACUUUCGAAAAGACGUGGAAACAAUUCUUGAACAACUAGAAAAAGAAUCGAUUAAAGAAUUAGAGAUGAAAUUCAUGAAAGAAGAGUCGAAACUGCUAGAAGAGAAGAAGAAAGCAGAAACUGAAUUAGAUGGUCUGAACGUAGCAGUGAACGACUUGAAAAAAUCAGAAGGAAACCAAGCGCAACAAUUUGUCUCUAUGAAAAUGUCCUUGAAAAGUAUUGCAGAAACAGAAGACGUAUCUCGUUCAUUGCAAACAAGUGUUGAUGCAAAUAUAUCAUUUGAUUUUGAUCCUGCUUUACUGGGAUUUCUACAGCAGUUGAAAACUUUUGGAUCGGUCCGACAUCAUUCUACCACUUCUUUAAGAUCGCCAAGGACAACCGUCUAUUCUGUUAAAAGAAUCGAGAAUUUAAACAUCAAAGUCCAGAAUGACAACAACACCUGCUGUGUGUAUGGGACAUGUCUUACAGAAGAUGGAUCACUACUGUUAGCUGAUUAUACCAAUUAUAAGAUUAAACGUGCAGAUAUUGUAAAUAUGUCGGUGACAGAUUAUUGUUGUGUUCCUGCUGGACCUUUUGGCGUUUGUUGUACAAGUAAAAGUGAAGCUGCAGUCUGCCUGAGCAAUCAUACAAUUCAGUUUGUCACCCUUGGCAAGCAGAUGACAACCACUCGUCACAUGAAACUGAGCCAUACUUGCUUUGGCAUUGCUUAUAAGGAUGCUAAAUUAUACAUAACUGACAACGGACAAUCGUUAUAUAUCCAUGAUAUUGCAGGCAACAUGCUACAGCCGGUAACACGAGACAACGCCGGGCAAAAUCUGUUCUCAAACAGUCGAACUGUUGCUUUCAGUGAUAUUGAUGAUAAAGUGUUUGUUGCCAGCCUGGGUAAAGGUCUAGUUAUUAUGGAUGGACAGGGAAAGCACUGUCAAACCUUUACUGAUUGCGAAUUAAACAUAGCGUCAAGUGUUUGUACAGAUCGUAGAGGAAAUAUGUUUGUGUCUGGGUGCAGUUCAAAUAAUGUGGUACAGUUAGGGAGAGAUGGAAAGAAAAUGGGAGUAAUCGUGAAAUCAUCAGAUGGACUGAAGCGUCCGUUAUCACUUUGUUUUGACACACGACAAUGCAAACUAGCUAUUACCCAAGAAAGCAGUGACGUGGUAAAAAUAAUUCUACUACAAUGAAAAGUAUGUUAAUCAACUUUGUUACAAUUAGAUGUAUUCGAUGUUUUUCAUGCUAUUCCUUUCUCUGUUGAUGAUGGAUUAAUGCUUCAGAUUUAUUUAAUGUUGAAACUACUACCGGUAGUAAUUAAACGACACAAGGGUGCUCUUACUUCAAGAUUUAUUCAUCAAGUACUGUCCGAUGUUUGAGGAUGAUAAAUCAAUACGAAAUAUGUAUAGAAAACUUACUGACAUUUAUUUAGUUUAUAAUUUUAGAAUGUGUCCAAUUUGUACCACCGACAAUAGCAGUUUUUGGGAGAUUUCGGUUUUAUUUGUGAUGAUCAUAUUAAACGGACUAGAUCAAAGUUUCAAUUCUUUUAGUUUACUUCACUUUGAUUUUGCUUUUGCUUUUGCUUUGCUUUGCUUUUCGCUUUGCUUUGCUUUGCUCUCCUCUUUCCCUUUCCUCUGUACUUUACUUUACUGUACUCUACUUUACUUUAAGUUACGUUACGUUACUUUACUUUACUUUACUUUACUUUAAGUUACAUUACUUUACUUUUCAUUACGUUAGUUACUUUACUUUACGUUACGUUACUUUACGUUCCAUUAAGUUAGUUACUUUACUUUACGUUAAAUUACGUUACUUUUACGUUACGUUAAUUACGUAACAUGACGUAACGUUACUUUAAUUUAAUUUACUUUACUUUACGUAACGUUACUUUACGUUACAUUACGUUAGUUACCUUACUUUAGUUUACUUUACGUUACGUUACUUUACCUUACUUUACAUUACGCCACUCCACUCCACGCCACGCCACGCCACGCCACGCCACGCCAGUCCAGUCCGGUCCAGUCCAGUCCACUCCACUCCAGUUCAGUGCACUCCACUCGGCUCGGGCUCCACUCCACUAACUGAAAUAAUGCGUGUAAAAGUCUGUUGCCUGAAAACACGAGAAUGAAAAUUUUGACCGUCAGUGUCUAAUUAUCUGACCUUGUCAGGGUUAAAAUGAGUGAAUAGUUGUUUAUAACUUGAUCCGAGAUAGAUCGUUAGCAAAAUAAGCAGUAUGAAACUUUAGAGAAUCUUUGUUUCUAUAUUCUUAGAUAUGAAAAUGCCUUUCGAAGUAGUUUGAAACAAAUUGUUGCGCCACCUGAAUCGGUGUUGUUUUCAUUGACGAAUUAAUUUCGUUGCAUUAAUUUGGUAAAGUACACGCUAUUUUGCAAAAUGAGAUGGAUUUAAUUUCUAUGUCUGUCCCUAGCUAGGGGUAAGCAAGUGGGGUGAGAAGGGACUGGGGGAUCUUUCUUAGCUAUCCAAGUAUCGCAAAGAAACUUGUUGUACUUGAAAAUUCUCCCUGUAUUCGUUGUACUUAUUAUGGUAUUUCCUUUUUCUGUAUACUCUUUUGAAUAGACUUUUACCUUUACUUACAUAUUUUGUGAAUAAAAGACCUUUGGGCCAAAACUUGAGGGUGGGGGCAAAGCAUAUGUUGAUGACGCCUACAGUGAACGUUCGGGAUGUAACUCCCGUCCCAUUACCUGUCUGCACACAGCCUAUAGACGCGAAUAAAUAGAGUCUAGUUUGACAUUUGAAUCAUGGAAUAUUCCGACGUACAGUUGUCAGGCAGCAGUUUGUUGUUUUGUUUUGGAUAAAGUAAAGCAAACCAAAGAAGUAAAAGAGCAUGACACAACACAGUUUGUCGCAGUUUAUUAAAAAGAAAUAGUGUCAGAUCAAGUAAACUGUUCUCGAAAUUCAUGUUGCUGAACUGUCUCGCAUUGCAGGAUUUUAACUGCUACUAAAAUAUGAACAUGGACCAUGGCUUCUUACCACACGUUAUUAUCUAUACGUUUUAAUGGAAUACGGUGGAUCUUGACCAUUAAAAAGGCAAAUUUUAUAACUAAACAUGACUGUAAAUAAAAAUUGAAAACAAAACGUUUUUCAUUUGGUACGAACAAAUGCAAAGUUAUUUUCUGCGUUAGUCACACAUUAUAGAAUUGAUUAAAUAAAGAAGAAAAUUUGUUUUACCGUAUAUAAUAAUCACAAAAUAUAUGUAUUUUUGAUAAUGAUUGAUAUUUUUCUUGAUAUCCUCUUAAUCAAUUGGAUAACUUUUAAAAAAUAUUGAUAUUAUUAUGUACAUAUAGAGGCACGCCUUAAAGGGACUACCCCGCACAUUUAAGGCGAAAAGUAAUUGCUCUCAAAACUUCAUAAGAAGUGAGUACUCUGAAAGUGAGGAGUGUUAGAAACAUAUCGACACAUAGUGUUUGCAAGAUAUUUUUAUAAAUAGCCAAACUAUUGUGUAGAAAGAAGUAAACCAUUGCAAUGCUUUUGAAAUAAUGAAGAAAAUUUACAUUCUUCUUGCAUUUUAACCAAUAUCUAACUUUUAUUUUCGCCCACUUUAUCAUUUCUCAGUGACAUAUAUACAUUCUAUGUAAACGAAUAUGUUGAACGAUUUUAUCCAAAGUCUGGACGAGUAAUCUUGCAGCAUGUCAUGUAUUGCCUCUUAAAGUUGUCUCCCUUCUAAUGAAAUUAUAAUACGCUUGCUUCUAGUUGAAAACCCUCUUUAUCAUGAAAUACGCAUACACCAUAUGAAGAAAUAUUAUUGAGGAAAAACACAAUUAAAGAAACUCCCAAAUAAAUGUACUUAUAUUUAAUGAACCAUUUCUCUCUGACUGUCACUAUGAUAUGUAUGGAACGCCAGAGCUGUCUUAUGUUACUAGAUGAAUACGAUGAAUCUUUUUUGUUUUGUGUAGAAUUUUCUCAAGAUCCCGUUAUGUCUUGUAUUGUCCGUAAGUAUUGACCUGGCACUCAUGAAUAUUCCGUAUGUUUUCGUAAAUUAAUUUUCGGUGUCCGAACCUAAAUAACGAUAUAACUAUUAUUGUAAAGCCAAUUAUAUACCAUCAUAUAUCAUGUGCAGAUAUAGCUGUGCGGACAAAGUGUUUUGCCACUAGUCUCAGGGUUGUGUGUUCAAGUCCUCUGUCUGACCAAAUUGUUGUUUUUAUUUAUUUUAUCUGUAAAAGACGCAAACUUGUCACACUUAUCAUGAUUUGUCAGCGAAAUACUCUACUCUCGAUUACCAUUCUUCUACGUACAUAAAACCGUCCUACAAAAUGUUUAAAAUCUUCAGGACCGGACAAGCAUUCAUUCAUUCAACAGACAAUUCAAAGAACUGUUGUUAGCGACACAAAAUGAAUUGUUUCAUAAAAUUAUAUACAUUGUAAUUAUAGAUACAAAAACAAACACAAGGUUAAACACUGUUAGGAAAGAAUUCGAAGCCGCAUUUCUGUCUACCUGGGACUCGCAGCAGGAAAGCGCUCGUUUCCUGAUAGAUAUUUCAUGAACGGGACGGGCUAGAGACUUGGAGUUGGUCUCAUUUUGUAGUUAAAUAUACGUGUGAAAUAGUGAUAUAUAGUGUUUUUAAUUGCCCGGAGAAUUUAUUUCACAACGAUCCGGAAAGUGAACCCAUUGCUCGCAGGCUCGAAUCUCGAGACUCUGGCCUUCAGUAGACAUAUGUUUCUUUUGAAGGGGGCCAAUAUCUCACUACAUAUUUUUUCAUUUUUACUCAUUUUGGAUGAAAACAAGGGUUUUUAUCAGUCUGACCAUAUUUUGUCCCAGGUACGAUACUGGCAUGCUGUAAGAUAACACGACCACACUUUGGGUGAAAUUGUUCCACAUAUUCUGCUUGGUUGCAUUUUGUGCUUCCGAAGGUUUUUUUUACAGAUUUUAUUUGCAAUGCUACUGGCCAGUUUUUCAACUGUUUAGUGUGACUUAAUCACUGAGUAAAGCCGUAUUGUAUAUAUUUACAAUGACUUAGUCAACACGUGAAUAUCUGGGCACAUUCGUUCUGGAUUUUCCACUUUAAAGACGCGCCACAGAAUAACUGUAUUCUUUUGCAUUUCAAUGAUGGCAAUUAUACACGCUUUACAUAAAAGUAUUGAGAAAUACAAGCAUCUUGUUAUAUAUUACGGCUUAAUUUCUAGCAUGAUUUUAGCAGUAUACUCUGUAUUUGAUGUAUUGUUUCUACAGCAUGAGAUAAUUAUUUAUACAUGUUUUGAAAAUUAUACUGAAAAGAGAUUGAAUGAAUAAGUUUGCAGAUGAAGUUGUGAAAACAAAAUAAUUCAGGGAGGGCCUAAAUUUACCAUCUGUCAUCUUGUAGUAAACUAAUAAACUUUGAUAAUGUGGCAGUUGACCUCAAUACAAUCGACACUGUUUAUUUUCCAAUACAGGUAAAUCCAAUAAUUGCUUCGCAUAAGAUCUGUGACGGAUUAUCUUUGAACACCCCUGGACGUAUUGGACUCAACUGCCACAUUAUCAAAGUUUAUUAGUAGUUGUAUUAUGCCAGAAUUAUCAGAAUGAUUUUCACGAAGUUCAUGUGGGAGGAAAAAGUAGGUCACAAGGCUGUGGUGGGUCUUUCAGCGAUGUCAGCAAUGAAUUCCCUUUCUGUUGAUAUUUUGUAGGGUGGUUAAAAAUACUGAGGCGGAUUUUUUGAAUACAGAUGAACAAUUUUUAACAAGAGUUCAUUGGAAAAAUGUUGAGAAUAGAAAGAUUGGGUCAACCUCUGACGCAUGUAACAAAUAAACCUGAUUUUUUUCCAGCUUGGAUUAGUUGGAAAAAAUAUACGGAUAGACACCACGGAAGUGUCAUGAUCAGCGCUUGAAAUAUUUUAUCUACAACAUUUCAUUUUUUGACGUAUCUUUGAAACGUUUAUAGAAAAAUGCAUAUGUUGAAGUAUUAUCGACAUAAUAAUAUAACUGUGAUAUACAAUAUUGUUUUAAAGAAUAAUGUUACAAAACAGACUAUCUAGGAAGAUGAUGACCCCCACUUUUCUGUGACUUAUACCUUUGAACUAUGGGCCCCGAAAACAAUGGGGUUCAUCGUUUGUCCGCUGACAAUCAACUUACAAAUAUUGGCGACUGUAGGCCAAAGCAAUCUUCAGUAAUUGAUUAGAAACACGACAUUGAUCUUUAAGCAACCAACCUCAUAAUCAAUAAAUUUAAAGUCGCCUGCCGGGGUUGGGUCAUAACAUAUUUCUCAGGUAGAGAGAGAGAGAGAGAGAGAGAGAGAGAGAGAGAGAGAGAGAGAGAGAUAUAUAUAUAUGAUACAACGUAAGGUACAUAUAAAACUGUAUGCGCAUGUAAAAUAGCGAUAAGACAUUCCGCUGAAUGUAAUACCCAUAUAUGGUGAGUGACGAAGGGCUAAGCUAAUACUUUGCAAGCAUACGCGCCUAGACUAGCAUCAGUCCUUAAAGCCAUUUAAAAUAAAUUCUUUUACAAUAUCUGUUAUAUCUGACUACAGAGAGAAAAGGAAAUUAUUAGGAAUUAUCAAAGUCAUUAUGAAGAAAGAAACUUUAUUACAGGUUACAUGAUCACAACAGACUGCGUAAGUCUAAUACGCGUCAAAUUUUAGUAAAAAUCCGUUAGACUGCAAGGUUUAGCGACGAUUUAGCUAUUAUUGGUUUAAACCUUCGUUAAUGCCAGAGUUGAAAAGCUGGCCAUAUUUUGUCUAACUUAUGUAAGAAUGACGUAUUAUUUUGUUAAACGACAUCCUUUUAGCAACAUGCUAUAUUGUCGAGUGAACAUACUUCCUUCUCAAUGUGACGUACCAUUUUGUUAUCUUGUGUUCAAUAGAUAUAUACUACCUGUUGUAACUUCCCCUCAUAAACUGUUUUAACUAAUCAAGUACAUGGUAAUGUACUGUUUGUAAAUGUUUUUAAUACUGCAUAACGUUGACAUGUCAUAAAUUGCAUUUGUUGAUAACAUACAUGUAAACAUAUUUGUAUAUAAAUUGGCAUAAAAAAUGUAUUUCUAUCAAAAGUACCUGAGAAAUACAAUUAACUUGAUAUAUUGAUUCAGGUCUAUAAAAAAUAUAAACAUACAAUUGUCUUAGCAUGUUUUAUUCUUAACUACCGGUGAUUUCGAUAUUGAAUGAAUGUUGAAAAACAAGUAUUCAUCACAAUGAUAUACAAAGAUCGAACAAAAUAUAGUGUGUACUGGUA